UUUUCCUGGUAAAUCUCUACAUUUCCCAUUCCGUUCCUCGGGAACACCAAUCUGAUCAUGGCGGUGCUAAGCUGGAAGCACCACACACUCAUUCAAUCGCUGCUAGAACGCGGCCCUCUUACGGAGAAGGAGUUCCACUCAAUUUUCACUGCCAUCACCGGCGAAAACACAGGUACCCAUGCAACAAAAUUCAAUGAUUAUCUUCUCAAGAUAAACAGGGAGCUUUCGUAUGUUCAACUGGAUUUAAGGGCAUGUAGAGAUCCAUAUGAUGGUCGAGUUUAUUAUGGACUUGUUAACAAUGUUUCCGACGAUCAAUCGAAGCUUGGAACCAAAUAUUCUGUCCCACAAAUUGCUUUCUUUAAGGCUAUUGUUGAAGCCAUAGCACAAGAUGUUACACACGACGGCUGCAUCUGCAAUAUUGAUGUUCUCAAUAUUAAAUUGGAGAACCAGGUUUUACCAUUUUAUGGGUUGCAAUCACAGGAUGGUUCACUCGGCAUUCCUGCUGCAUUCAGAAACUUCACAAUGUCCCAGAAGGAAAAAACUCUUGAUCAACUUGUGAAAGACAAGUGGCUUUGUUACACUGAAGAUGAUAAUAUUGGAGUUGGUGUUAGGUCCAUUCUUGAUCUGCGUGGUUGGUUCAAUAAUAAUGGUGUUCCUUCAUGUGAAGUGUGCAAUGAAGCUGGAUUGAAGGCCAAAUUGUGCCCAAAAGAAGGUUGUACAGUUCGAAUCCAUGAGUAUUGCCUAAAAAAGAUAUUUUCUCAGAAAGGUGUCAUAGUUUGUCCGAGUUGUGAUACUCAGUGGCAGUACCAGCCAACCAAGGCAGAACCCAUAGAACACAAGGAAGAAGAAACUGAUCCCAUGCCAAGCCAGCCAUCUUCCAGGCCCGCCCAGAGUCGAUCAUCUCUAAGAUCCAAGAGAAAGAGGCUAAGCCAAAAUGAUGAUGCAAACACUGUCGGAUGUAGUUCUCCGGCUGAUACGAAAAGGGUAACUAGGAGCUCUGCACAUCCAAGGUGAAAUGAUAUUAUGUAGAUGAGGGAACUUAAUGAUGAUUAUAUUUUGGUCGAAACUGAACUAGUGUUCAUAAUUUGAAGACAAAUGUCUAUCAAAUAUGGUAGCUUGAGUCAUCACCAACCUCUAUUCUUCGGUUGCGAGUGAUAUCUCGACUUGAAUGAUCAUGUUCUAGGCAGUUUUUACCUUUAACUAGCCUACGAGGGUCUUAAAGCCUGUAAUUAGAUUUAGACAAGUAGCUUCCCCCCCCCCCAACCGAAUCUAAUGUCAAGCAAGUUGGAAACUUGAUAUCAGCUACUC